UAUAUAGGCGCUCAAAAAUAUUAGCGAUGAUUUCACCAAUAUUGUAAAUAAUCAGUAUAUUUCGCAAGAAUGUUUUUAAUUUGAAUUGAUCAGAUUGUUUUUUAAACAGAUGAACUUACGAAUAUUGCCACUGAAACUUUUAGCAAUCGAAGUCCAUAGCAGACGACAUCAUCUUACCGACAGUGACGUAAAUAAUUCAGACCUGGAGGGAGUGUAAUGAAGUCAGGGAAAAUGAAUGAAUUUCUUCAUACCUAGUCCUGGAAAAGAAUAUGACAAGAAUUGCAACUAAUUUCUUACCUGGAUUAAACUUGAAAGAUUUAAAUUGACUUCUUAGGACCAUUCAGAGUUUUGUGGAACACCUUUCACAACUUAAUGGGACAUGGAAAUGGAUUCCUUACUCUUACUUGGAAUUUUAGUUGCAAUAUUGGUCAUAAUAUUUCUUCUGAUGCAAAUGUACCGACACUACCGGCUACAGCACUAUGAGGUUCCAGCAAGAGACAUCACAAAGGGACACAAGUUCUUCAUGGUGGACCAGUUUCCAGAGCAGACCUAUUGCAAUGUGGAUCACAAUAAAAUCAAACAUGGUGCUUGCUGUGACAGUUGUGGUAUUUGUGUCGACGAUCACAACAUGAAGGAGGCCAAUAAAAAGAUCCCUUGCAAACCAGUGGCCGUUGCAGGUUCUAAGCUUGAACAUCACUGGGUGCAAGGUAAUCUCCCUUUGUACAGCAAAUGUGCAACGUGUGGGGAAGACUGUGGUACAAUGCCUCAUAUCUGUGAUAAAAAAUGUGCUUGGUGCCAACAAACUAUCCAUGAAGGGUGCUCUCCUAAGUCAGACUUUUGUGAUUUAGGACCAAACAAAACUGCCAUCAUCCCCCCAACCUGUAUCAAGUUGAAGAGUGUGGGAAUAAAAGGAAGGAAACAUCUAGUCAUCAAAGAAGCCUCCAUUCCUGAUAUUGAGAACUGGAGUCCUCUUAUUGUGAUAGGCAAUAGAAAAAGUGGCAAUAAUGAUGGAGAUUACAUACUACGUUCUUUCAAGACUCUUUUGAAUCCCACCCAGGUGAUAGAUCUGAAUGACGAUUCCCCAGAAAAUGCAUUAGAAUGGUGUCGACUACUCCCGACCGUCACAUUCAGGGUGUUGGUCUGUGGUGGAGAUGGGACCAUUGGCUGGGUGCUGAAUGCAAUAGAAUCCUUAAAAUUACAGAUUCCACCACAAGUCGCCAUCUUGCCACUUGGGACUGGAAACGAUCUGUCACGUGUGUUGGGUUGGGGGGAGGGAUACACUCAUGAAGAUCUAGAUGUCAAUGAUUUCAUGAGGCAACUACAGCAGGCAAAGCCUGUGAAACUGGAUAGAUGGGCUGUUCGAGUUAUCAAUACAAAGAAAGUGAUAGGAAAAACAAAGAAAAUGAUAAUGAAUAACUAUUGCUCUAUGGGUGUGGAUGCACUAGUGACUUUGAACUUUCACAGACAGAGGGAAUCCAAACCAUGGCUAUUUGCACACAGACUCAUUAAUAAGCUGUGCUACUUUUACUAUGGGACCAAGGAUGUUUUAGAAAAUGAGUGUAAAAACUUGCAUAAAAAAAUUAAGGUGGAACUGGACGGACAACUGAUUGAGCUGCCAGAGAUUGAAGCGAUAGUCAUCCUGAACAUCAGUAGCUGGGGCGGGGGAUGCCAGCCCUGGGGGGCUGGCCAUGACGAAAACAAUCAAUUAAAACCGGCAAGUUUCAACGAUGGUAUGCUGGAGGUGAUGGGCAUAUACUCGUCCUUUCACAUCGCCCAGCUUCAGGUGGGCCUAGCUGACCCUAUCAGACUCGGUCAGGCCAAGAUUGUCAAGAUUAGUUUGAGCGGGGGUAAGGUACCGAUGCAGGUGGAUGGAGAGCCGUGGGAGCAGCCCCACCCCGCCGAGUUAAUCCUGACCCCCCACAGCCAGGCCACCAUGCUGUCCACUGCCUAGGAAUAAUACUCCUCUGUGAUUAGUCCCAUUUGAUGUUAAUUGUUAAUUUAUUAGCAUGUACUGUAUAAGACAAAUCAUUCGUGGCUUUUUUGGGGUUGUAAUAACGAUUACCGUGAUAAAACGCAGGUGAUGAUUACGACCAGGUGACUCAUGUUAAAGGAUAUGGAACAAUUUUUUGGGUUAUUUCCCUUAGGAAGUUCCAGCUACGUUGACCAACGGCAGAAUGACUGGUCUGUCUUUUAAGGAGGUCGGUUAAUCAACAAUUUAACCAUCAAAUCUUCCUUGAAUUUUUCUAAAGGAAUUUUAAGCUGUAAACUGUUAUUUGGUAAAGAAAAAUUCCAUAUACUUUCGCUUUGAAAUUUAUAGUUUUUAAUACUUUUAUCUUUAAAUAGAGCUCUUCUUUUUAGGGAGACCAAUGUAGUCUUAAUAUAGCCACGACUGUCCAGCCCUCUUAAUAGAGUAAAACGAUGCGUGCAUUUUUUUUCAUUUAUGAACUAUAAAGUAUUAAAUAUGAAAAAAAUAAAUAUCCGUAAGGAGUAUAAGUGUAUAAUUAUAAUCUAUGAAGAUUCCGUCACUUAAAAAAAAAUAUGUCCACGUAUUUUAUUUUAUUUUUAAUGAAAUACUAGUACCGCAGGAGCAAAAAGCCUUUCAUUGUCGAUCUCGUAUUACUUAAUGUGUUGUCUGUCCUCAAUGGAGAAAUGUCUUCUUUUUACAUGAAAAGGCGAACGAGAAGAAAGAUGCCAUUUAUCAUUAUAGUCCUCUGUCGUGUAAUUAUAUGGCAUGAAAUGGAGCAUCCUCGGUGUGUUAAAAUGACUAGACAAUUUUUACCUUACUUUUAUAGAUGUACUUUAACAAUAAAUGAAAUAUUUUCAGAUUGAACAUUGAAACGGCAAGGUCACGAUUAUGGUCAAAAUUUAUGUAUCCGUUUUUAAUGUUCACAUUGCUCUUGUAAGGCAUUUUUAGUUGUCAAUCAAUAAAAACGAUAGUUUUUAGAUUCCUGCACUUUGAAUUCAAAGGUAUUUAAUGUAUAUGUAUAGUCGCUAUCUUGGUGCAACAAAGCGUGCCCUGAAUUGAAAAAAUUCUAGUAAGUUUUGUCGCAUUUUUUGACACCAUCUAAAAAUUUUAAACUUUCAUAUUUCAAUACCUCUCUUUGACACUACAUACUUCGUGUUUAUGUAAUCGACAUUUUAUUGUCUGAUGUUUUUGUAUUUUAAAUCUGAAUAGUUACUUCAUGUACGUACAUAAAAUUGUUCUUAACAAUUUUCUUUUUCCAUAACAUUUUUUUGUCUUAAUUUUAUUUUAUUUUUAAAGAAUGUAUUUUAUUUUAUUCAUAUCUCCAUGGACACCCACCAUUAGACUAUGAACUGCACAGUCUCUGUUUGAAAGAGCAGUAUUAUUUAAGUUAUAGUAUACUAGUUUUUAAUUGCAUUGUUCAUGUGUCCCUUGGAUACCAUUAUUCCUUUUAUAUUUUGUAUAUUUAUUUAAUCAUUAUUUAUUUAACACAUUCCUAUUUUAUGGUUUUUAUUUUUCUCUUUUAUUAUAUUUAUCUUUUAUUUUUCGUAUUUGCAAUAUGUACACGUUCACAGUCCUUGUUGAGACGAUAAAUCAAUGGCUCUAUCCAAUAUUCCGCAUUGGCAAUAGGAAAUUAGUUCACUUUUAUUUGUUUUGUAUUUCAAUAAAAUAUCAUUACAAUUGCCUGCCAUUGCUGUUAUAAUACUCUUGGGUUUUUCGUCAUUUAAAAUAAACCAUGUUUUAUAGUAUUGGUUAAUGCGAACAGUUUUGUUUCGUGUAGACUUUCAGUGAAUCAGGACCUUUUUAAUGCACAAUGUGCACGUGAUAAUCACAAACCAUAUAUCCAAGAAAUGGAAAAUGUUUUAAACAGCCACACAUAUUUUCAUGGAAGUUUGAAGGCUUUCACAAUUGAAAAGACAAAACUGCGUAACACUUGUCUACCUUACUUAUUAAUUAAUAUACGUAUUUUAUACUUAUGUCACAAUGUAUUUUACUCUAGUCUCGCACGAUUGAUCUCCUGAUUAAGAUACCAUUAAGUGUCCAAUCCUGUAGUAUAACAUAUUCUGUAUAACGUCUUAAAUUUUUUUAAAAUACUUACUGUCGUAUAUAAUGGAAGUAAUAUUCAUAUACCCUUCAUUCAUAAUUGAUACUCUUAAACAACAGUGUUUUGUCUAUAAUUUUUCAUGUUAAAUCCAGCCUUUGUUCCCAUAUAUGUAGAUUAAGUAAUCAUCUAGUUGUUACUUCAACAUGUAAUUGAAUUUGUACUUUUAUUCACGGAUAUUUCAACUUCAAUUUUUCCCUCUUUAACCUUUUUAUCCAUUUUAAAUUUAUUUCAAUUGGAAUUCUCUACGGCGGGUUUCCGACGAGCUCUGUGUUAUCAGUUUUUAUCUCGAACUGCAUUUGAUUAUCUUUGAAAAUGACGGAAGCAAAGUUAUAGAAGAGAUAACAAAUCUGCUAGCAAUUGGCCUCUCUUUUUGUUUUUAUUUUUUAUUUGCAAAUGAACACAUUUCGAAAAUUAAUCUGGUCGUUAGGGUUGACUUAUUGCAGUAAUUCAUGUUCUCUCCUCUCCUCCUAUGGUCUCUGUUACACUUUCUGACAGUUUACUGGCGUUGGGAUGGAAAGGCUAAAGGCUAUACUGUCAUGGUUAUGCUCUUAUUGCUUGAAGUGGACUGCUAAAGAUAGAAGAAUUAUGGUCAAGAAAA